AUGUUUCUGAACCAGAGUCUGAUGCCAAAGAUUCUUAUUCCAGCUUGUUCAGCCAGAAACUUUGCAUUCGGCAUAGAUUGGGCCGCCAAUUGUGCUGUGAAAUUCUGUAGAGCCAAGGGUGAAUCCUGCUAUGGCAGGCCAAAGGCUCGAAUGAUAACUGGUAACCUGAUCGGAUACGAUCCGGCGCACGUGGUGAACAUGGAUUACUGGCUGCUCAUUUGGGAGUAUUUCCUUUACCAACAUCCUUUUAAAUCAGCUUCCACUGCCUUAUAUCCAAACAGUUGGCUUGGGCAACACUGGCUGGAUCACAUUCCAGGCCCGCCAUUCAUAAGACCGGUUCUGUGGUGGCUCUAUCGCCCGGGACGUGAAGCUUCUUUCAACUGGCCACCCUACAAGUUCUUCUUUAUCUUAUGGACCUCAGUUGGCUCCUUGAGCCUGAUCGUAAUCACCGCUACACAACCAUUAGGCAUUAAAUUAGAAAUUCCUAGCGUUUUAGAAAGAGAAUCAGAGAAUCCUGAUACACCUAUAUCUCUAAUUAAAUUUUCGCUCCAGACCCUCCUUCACUCGCAAUUGCCGCUGCCCUCUUCACCAGCUUAUUAG